AUGGUUGCUGUUACGCCAUCCAACAGCCGGCUGAAGCUGACUCCCUCCAAUUCGCCGUAUCUUGGACGUCCUUCAAGAUCCCCAAUGCGCGGCCGACAGCAAGAAUCCUGGCUCUCCUUGCGGAGAGUCGUCGGCACUACCUGCCGUUCGCAGACCGGUUUCGACACCGUGAAUUCUUCCAUUGCUUAUGUUGCUGGGGGAGCUGUCGUGGUCGUCAAUGUCGAAAAUGGAACCUACAGCCAGCAUUUUUACCGAGCUCGUCCUGCUGCUGUUCCUGUCCAUAAUGCCCUCAACAUUCUGCAGAACACCUCGAGCACGCCCACCACCACUACUCCCAAGGCCAAUGAUAGCCGCGGCAGAGUCGCUCCAUCAAAUAGAGACUCCGUCUACGGCUCGCUGGAUUGGGCCGAUUCUCCCACCUCCAAAACCUGGACCAGCAGAGAACGGAUCAAGGCAGCCACCUGUGUUGCCCUCAGCCGAGAUGGCAAAUUUCUUGCCGUAGGCGAAACCGGUUAUGCUCCUCGCGUCCUAAUCUUUAACCUCCAAGAAGCAUCAUCCGAUACACCGCUCGUCUCCAUCAGCGAGCACACCUUUGGUGUAAACGCCGUGGCUUGGUCGGCGGAUUCACGAUAUCUCGCCUCUCUGGGUGCCGCCAAUGAUGGCUUCCUCUACAUCUGGAAGGUUGACCCUCGCACUGGACAAACAAGGCUGUUCCAGCAGAACCGAUGUACUUCGUACAUCCGACACAUGACGUGGAUGGGAAGCAACCUGAUUACACUUGGCGUGCGACAUGUCAAGAUUUGGAGGAUCGAGGACGGGUCUUCUUCUCCGACAAAGAGUCGGCACUUUAAUGACUCUGCUCCUUCUACACCGACAUCUUCCCAGAAAACGCUCCCCGGCCGUAAUGUCCUGUUGGGUGGCCUCCUCGAUGCUACCUUUACCUGCGCUGCCGUGGACGGAAAUCGACUGCUUGUAUGCACCGAAGCUGGCGAUGUUUGCAUCAUGGACGAUGACGAUCGACAAAUGAAGCUUGUCAAGGCGGUCACGUUGAACUUUGCGAUUACGACUAUUACCAUACGUGGAGAUGUUGCCUAUGUUGGAUGUAAAGACGGUUCGUUCGCGACUCUGGAUGUAUCAGCUGUCAUGGACGGCGGAGGUGACGAUUGCGUCUUGACCACGGCGACGGCAGCUACUGGAGUGCUCGCUCUGGGCUUUUUAAACGAUAACCUCGUCACCAUUGACUCAAAACAGUCCAUCGAUAUUUGGUCCCGCGAUCAUCUACCAGGUCAAAAGCAGGACGCAAUCGCUCACAUUCCCAUCCCUGGCCAUGGCGAAUCCAUUAACGGAGUGCAUCCGCUUCGCCGCCCGAAUAAGCCGGAUGCUUCAUUCAUCACGUGGUCUGGCUCAGGCAAUGUGACAUUUUGGGAUACAGAGGGCCGACAGAAGAUGUCGGUAGACGUGCCCAUCGAUGCGGUUGAGAUUGACUCGGAAAUGGGCGUCAGCAACCAAGCCACUUGCGUCGAAACAUUGCGCAACGGCAAGCAGCUUAUCAUCGGAGACCGCCUCGGUAUCUUAAGAAUCUUUGAUGUGGAUACUAAGGAAUUGCUGCUCGACACCAAAGCCCACUCUAUGCACUGUGUUGGUAUUAGCGUCUGCGAGACCCCUAAGAAACUUAUCAUUGCGAGCUGCGGCCGUGACAGGACGGUACAGCUCUUUCACCAGCUGUCCAAUGGGCGGACUGAACAUUUCCAGACACUCGAGUUCAGUGCACGGGUUGUUCAAGUUCUAGUCCCGUCGGAUGACAAAGUCAUUACUUGUUCUCUGGACCGUUCUUUACAGAUUCAUGACCUGGUUACUCGUGAUGGCGAGCCCGACGUCAUUGCAGCGAUCCCAUCCAAGAUCAUCUCUCUCAAAGCAUCACCCACGAGCCUGCUUAUGGGGCCUGACCGGCGCAGCGUCUACAUUUCGCUGUUAGAUCGAUCCGUAUUCCAGUUCGACCUCUUCACUGGACGGCAAGUCUCUUGUUUCAAGUGUACAGAUGAAGGCGGCGUCGAGUCUGCUGUGCUAGAUGGUUUGACCCUUGGUAACUGGCCGGCUCGUGAUCUCGACUUCAUUCUGGGCACUUCCAACACCGAUAAAUCGAUUAGGUUGUAUGAUGCUCGAUCAGGCUUGUUUCUCGACCGUGAAUGGGGGCACACAGAGGCCAUCAACGGAGUGUGCAUCGUGGAGGAUGAUGACGGUUCAAAGAAGGUGGUCAGUGCCGCAUCAGACGGCACUAUCAUGAUUUGGCUGUUGGAUUUUACUGAGUUUUCCCCACGAUCUAUGAGCCGGGAAGUGUCACCCGCAAAAGAAAUCAGCAUCACUGGCAGACCCACGUUGCGAAAGAUCCUCUCUCGAGCCGAGCUUGCCGAGUUCCAGCGCUCGACUCCCAACAGUAACAGACAAAAAUCACCGCCCCGCACUUUACCGCGACGAAGUUCGCGUCUCAAUCUAAAAACCCCUCCUGGUACACUGAACGGACAAGGCAACAGUACAAUCAUUGAAAGUACGCCGUCAAGGCGCAGACCUUCUGAGAGCCAGGGAGCUAGUCCGCCGCCUAGCCCUAAGGGACGCGUCAGUCGCCGACCGUCUUUGCCAGCGAUGGGCGCUGUGGCACGCAAGAAAACCUCGGCAACAAAUCUGCGAGCGCAAAACACGUUGAAUACAGCCACAGAGCAAGCAUGCCGUACAUUGCGAGCAUACCGGCGCAAGCUCUCGUCUGCCGAGCCAAUCACUGCCGAAUGUUUGACAGAGCUGGAUCAAGAACUUCGUCUGACAGCUGCCGCCUUGGGAGACCGCGCCAUUCGUAGCAAGGCUAUGAAUGAAACUGUUCUCAGUGGACUACUGGACCAAUAUUCUGAGCGACUCGUCACAUUGCUUGACGAAAAAUUACGACUCACUACGCCGCCCAAGGACAGAGGGUCGGGCAACCCUAUUGAAGAGCGCUUUGGCAGUGCCGAGAGCAGCUCAAACACAUCAUCAUCGCCAUGA